GCUGCGCGAGUAUACGCGACGGACGUGCGAUCUGAACAUGUGGCUCCAGCCUCGGUAAGAUAAGUUCGACCAACAAAAAAAAAAACAAAUUAAGGUGCUGAUCCAAAGUUGGGGCGCGAAAUACACAUCACGGUUAAUUUUGUGAGCAUUACUAUGUAAGAAUAGAGUGGAAUAUGCAAUGAAUUAAUUAACUGGGUGGGUGAUUUUUUCAACUUGCGGAAAACGGAUUCGGAAAACGGCAGCUCAAUGGUGAAAUAUUCGAACUACGAUCUUACGUGGAGCAACCUGUGUAACGUUGUAUGUGAGUGUGGCAGACGGCGGUGAGAAAACAGUUUACUAAAGAUAAAUCGGAAGAGCAACAGCGGAAAUGGUUACUGUACACACAUAUAAACGUGUACGUGUAUAAAAAUUUAUCGUGAAAAUCAUGAAGCGAACGGAGUGAUGCUAGCAAGAAUGUGACAAGUUUAUAUCUAGUCGAGAUGCUGAAGCUUUUCAACGCUUUUCAUCUCCCGCUCUACACUUUACGUUUGUUAUUUAGCGAGUAAGCAAGAAGAAUAAAGAAGUGGCAUUCAGCAGUGAAGAAAGUUAAGCCCAGAAAUAAUCCCCACCCAUCCGUAAAAGAAGAAUUAUCAACAGGAAAAGUGAACACACAUACUGGGAUACCUUGCAACAUCACAAUAUCAGCAGAGCGGCAUGAUCUUUGGUGAGUGAGUGCGCCAGAGAAAAUACGCCUCUUUGUAAAAUUGUCGACGUCACUUAAUUUCGAUGUGAUCAAUUGAUGAAAAGAAUGUAUGUAAAAAAUACACAAUAAUGUGAAGUCGUGCAAAUAAAUCCGGCUGCAGAGAGCAAUCCCGUGCCAACAAUUAAUCUCUUUAAAACAAGUUUUGAAUAUAGUGAAGUGCGUUUGAUUGACUCAUAUUCGACACCCAUCGAGUGAAUCUCAAUUCUUAAGUGUACAUCGAGAUUACAUUAAUGUUCAAAAUAUCUCAAGUGUAUUCAAUCAUGGCUGCACUAAAGCAAAAAAAUAUUAGUGAUGCUAAUAAGUGAACAUAAAUUUAAUUACGUUGCGCAGUCAAAGUUCGUUCAGUUCGUGAGUUGCAAGUCACCGAAAAGGAAACGGAAUGUUAUUAAAUGUUCGUGCACCACCAUCUUUUUGUGCCACAAGUUGCACAACUUUGAAAGUGCUUUGUUUUUAUUUUUGAGCAGCGAACAGUAUUAGUGCACUUGAGCGAAUUCAGCCGCGCAUAAUUGAUGAUUAAGAAAAAAAACUUCUACAGCUGGAGAGUUGGGAAACGCAGUCCAAGAUGCAUUCGUCAUCGCAGUUGAGCAACAAGCAAGAGAAAGACUGCAACGUCUGUCUGCCCUAAAACGGAUCACCCCGGUUGAUAUGUCUCAACUGUCUAUAAAGCUCAAUCAACAAAGCCAAGCUAAAGGUGGAACUACGCAAGAUUUGAGUUUCCUCGAGGAAGUUUCGCCGAUAUACGUAACAUCUUUAUCCAGCAACACUGUCUCGGUAACUAAUACCAGCACUACGGUGACGGCAGGAACGAAAACUAACUACAAAGUUGGGUCCAAUUUACAACAAACUGUAACGAAUAACAAUAAUACAGUCAAACAGAUAGGUAAUGUAACAUCCACUACCAAUACGACUGCUGUAACUACUACUAAUCCGGUGGCUGGGUGUGCAAUGACGAAAAGUGCUCAAAAUGUGAUCAACUCCAAUAUUUGCUCGAAACCGUCUACGAAUCAGCUACAUUCAGCUGAGUUUCAGUCCUCCAUCACUAGUGUGUAUUCAAAUAUCUCACCUUCGACAUCUCACCAACCACCAGUCAUAUCUUCUGUAUCCAAUACCGGGAAAACGAACGUAGUACCGUCUACUACCCCUCGUAAUGUAUCAACCUUAUGCACGGGUGCAAUACAGCCAUCAUCCACUACCAAAACUACUAACGAACAGCCACAAUUCAACAACAGUAACUCUAUCAACAACAACAUUACAAGCGUCAAUCAUAGUUUACUAAACAAUAAUACAAUGAAUAGCAAUAUUAGUAAAACCGGUGCUGACAACAGUCCUUGUGGUAGUUAUUACAGUAAUCUAUCAAAUCCUAUAAUUGCAAACGGGCACGGUCCAAAGCGAGAGCUUGCAACUCUUUCCGAGGGUGAACUUGAAUCCCAAGAGGAAAUAUAUGAGACAAGCAGCAACAUAUCACGUGGAGGAACGGAAGUUUUGCUUGGUGACCAGAGCUUGCGUCAAGAAAAUCGGUCCCGUCGACGUUCCGGCUCUAGCAUCGUUGUCUUAGGUGGUGAUGACACACUGAAGCCUAACCUGCCUAUUGAUGACUAUCAGGGGGACUUUGAGAUGUACAAUAUGAUUGCCGCAAAUCAGGAUAAUGGGCCACAUCGGGAGAUGGCAGUUGAUGUACCUGAAUCAUUCAUAGCUCGCAACAAAACACCACCACGAUAUCCACCGCCGCGCAGCACAACACAGGUAAAUCAUGUUUCCAAUGCAAUGCCACAAGUACCGAAACAUGCAAACGGAGGUGUCUCCUUGGAGCUGGAACCUCUUGACGGUUAUAGUGAGAAAAACUCUUCUUCGCUCGACAGUAGUAAUGAGUUUUACAAGAAAAAUUCCAGCAAAGGACCAUCGUCUCUUGGUUCCACAUGCGAAUCGAUCGGUUUCGACUCGAUGAACUAUCUGAAAAACUCAAGAGGUUCACUCAGUACAAGGAGCUCCUCGUCGGGUGACCAGGGACCACCCGAGUAUUAUAUAGGGCCGCAUCGAGAGCUUCCAGUAGACGUUCCGGAUAGUUUUGUUGAAGUUAUUAAGGCACCACCCCGCUAUCCACCGCCUAAAGCGUUGAUCAUUAAAGAGGUUGUCAAAAAGCAAGAAUCAUCCUCAUCCAACGAAUCUAUCAAUAAGCCAAAACCACAACCACAAGCACCAACGCGCAAUGAGCUCAACGGUUCAGUCAAACCAAUACCACCUCCCCGCGAUCAUCUACGAAUAGAGAAAGACGGCCGACUGACGAAUCGCGCUCCGGUGCCAGCACCACAAGUGCCAGAUCGAAAAGUGGUGCCGACGACUCCGCAACAAUUGCACCAACAUAUAGGCCAAAUACUGGAGCCGACACCCGAUCAGCUGGAUAGUAUUAAAAAAUUCCAGGAACAGUUGCGAAGAAGACGAGAAGAGGAAGAACGAAUAGCAGCCCAGAAUGACUUCCUACGAAACAGCCUCAGAGCUUCCCAGCGAUUACGGGCCUUGCAGGACAACCCAAUUGCUGAGAAACCGGCGUCGGGGGUUGACAAUGAAGCGUACGCAGAUGAUGAAGAUCAACCGGAGAAAAUUGUUGGUUAUGGCGAAUUGGUCACCGCAUUACAGCGAUUACAGGGUCACCUCAAUAAACAUGGACUGGCUGCACUCGCUGGCAGAGUAACAGCGGCUCAGAGCCUUCUACUGGGGCCUGGAAUCGCUCGUGCCCUUGCGGCACGAACGGCUGUCCUCGAGCGACGGCGACCUAAGAUACAGAAUCCAAUUUGCUCAAAUGCUCAAUCACUAACUAAAGACUGCGUGGAAUCUUUGGCCCAGUCCAGUUCGUCGGCUGCAAUAGAACUGUGUGAUCUACUUUCGACAUACGAAAUGGAGGGAUUGUUAUUGGCUCACGAUCGGAUCGCCUCCACAACGGAUCGAUCGCCGGCAUAUGGCGUCAGCGCCGUCAGUACGAAUUCCACGCUGCCAUUACCAUUCAACAAUAACAACACAAUGACCAGUGCUACACCGGUUAAACCCACAUCAGUUAUGCCAUCAACUCCAAAUAACACUAACAUAGUUAAUAACAAUAACAAUAAUAUAGCGAAGCGCGAACCGAUGAGUGUCCCUCUCGGCGUUCUUCGAGAUGGUAGCCAGGAUCACAUUAGAAUAAUACAGAUCGAGAAAUCAUCGGAGCCGCUUGGGGCAACAAUACGUAAGGAAGGUGAGGCGAUUGUAAUCGGUCGUGUUGUACGAGGCGGAGCGGCCGAAAAAUCUGGACUACUGCACGAGGGCGACGAAAUACUCGAGGUGAACGGAAUAGAAAUGCGUGGAAAGACAGUGAACGAUGUGUGCGCCUUGCUGGGUGCGAUGACCGGUACACUCACGUUCCUCGUUGUGCCUUCCGGCAAAAAUCCAACGGUUGCUGGAGCACGCGAUCCGCCGGUGCUACAUGUGCGAGCACAUUUCGACUAUGACCCCGAGGACGAUUUAUAUAUUCCCUGCCGUGAGCUUGGUAUAAGUUUUCAGAAGGGGGAUGUGCUACACGUGAUAUCACGUAGCGAUGACAAUUGGUGGCAGGCCUAUCGCGAAGGGGAGGAGGAUCAAACUCUUGCCGGGUUAAUACCGAGUCAAUCAUUCCAACAUUUGUGCGAAUCGGUAAAACAAGCCAACGCUGGCGAAGUCGGUCUUAGAGCUCGUCGGGAUAUCAACGGAAAGGCAGGAAGUUUCACAUUGCUCUGUGGUCGGAAGGGUCGCAAGAAGAAAAAGAAGGCGAGUAGCGAACACGGGUAUCCGCUGUACGCCACAGCAACUGCAGAAGACCCCGAACCGGAAGAAAUCCUUACUUACGAAGAGGUUGCACUGUAUUAUCCACGAGCGUCACAUAAGCGACCAAUAGUGCUGAUUGGGCCACCCAACAUUGGUCGACACGAACUCCGGCAGCGACUGAUGGCCGACUCAGAAAGAUUUGCUGCAGCCAUACCUCAUACAUCUCGACCCCAGCGAGAAGGGGAAAUUCCUGGACAAGACUAUCACUUCAUCUCUAGGCAGCAGUUUGAGGCUGACAUACUUGCGAGAAAAUUCGUGGAACAUGGUGAAUACGAAAAGGCAUACUAUGGUACAUCUCUGGAGGCCAUCCGUGCAGUUGUAGUUAGUGGAAAGAUAUGCGUCCUGAACCUUCAUCCCCAGAGUCUGAAACUUCUCCGGUCGUCAGAUCUCAAACCCUACACGGUGCUUGUGGCGCCACCGAGUCUCGAAAAGCUUCGUCAAAAGCGAAUACGAACCGGUGAACCAUACAAGGAGGAAGAACUCAAGGAGAUCAUUGCUACUGCUAGGGACAUGGAAGCCCGAUGGGGUCAUCUGUUUGACAUGAUCAUCAUCAAUAAUGACACGGAGAGGGCCUACCAUCAGCUGCUCGCUGAAAUCAACUCACUCGAGCGUGAACCACAAUGGGUGCCAAGUAGCUGGCUUCAUAACUAAUAUAAGUCAGUGAUUCGUCUUCUACCUAUGAUUCUUAUUACGUUGUUUGUGUAAAGAGAUCAAUUGUUUAAGUCUGACACUUAUUAUUUAGCGUGAUGUAAAUGUACUUAGCGGAUCAGAUUCUGCAAAGACAAACAAAACGCACGGAUUGGCAUCUUAUUGGUGAACAGGGAGAAAACAAAAAUUACUCGAAAACAGUCGGUAAACACACAUGGUAAUACAUUCCGAUUAAUAGAUACGGUAAGCAACGUUGUUAUUUUCGUGUUUUGAAGCAGAGUAUAAAGUGUUUAUUUUAUAAUAUUAUUUUCUGUAAAAAGACGUUAGAAGCAUUGUUUUAUAUGUACAUUUUAUUUAUCUACCUAUAUACAUAUAUCUGUACAAUUACCGCAAAACAGAACACAAUAAAAGCAAUUUCUAAAUGUUAUAUAUAAAUUAGCCAAAUAGCCAAACUCAGAAAUCCCUUACAUAUACUUCAAUAAACACCCAAUGCAUUACAGAUGUUCAGUCUUGACAGAAAAAGAUGACAGAAACGAGACAUUCAUUGAUCAUGUUUGCCGCGGACGUGUUUUAGAGGGCGCCAACAAAAUAUAUUCGUGUUCAUAAUUUAGACAAACAAAGAGAGAACAGAAUAACUAGCAGUAACAAAUUCAGUGAACGGUGUAUAACAUAUUGAAUUCAGCUUAAAUUCAUCCAUUUAAAGGGUUCAAAUCAAUAUUUUUGAUACGUAUUCAGAAGAAGAAAAACAGUCGAAGAUCGUUUGCAGUUAGCUGCCGAUUUGUUUUCGACAUUAAAUACAUUCUCUCCGGUCCGAUAACACCGCCUUCGAAAAUAAAAAAAAAACAAAAUUAUUACGCUCAAUAUUAUGCAUGUAUAGUCGUAAAACGAAUAAUAAACCACCAGAUGAAAAAAAAA